AUGAACUACACGUCUAAUGCCAACAUCACUUCCCAUCUGGGACUUGGCCUGAGCCCAGACGGUGGAGACGGCGCCCACCAAGGUGGUGGAAGUGGUGCAGGAGGCAGUGGAGGUCUGUGGGUGACGUUCCUGCUUGCUGCUACGCUUUUGGCUAUGUGCGCCCUGGGGGUGGCAGGCAACACUUACACGCUCAUCAUUACUCGCUCGGCUGCUUUGUGCCGGACGGGCUCCAUGUAUGUUUACAUCACUAACUUGGCUCUGGCUGACCUGCUCUAUCUCUCCACCAUCCCUUUUGUCGUCUGCACCUACAUCGCCCACGACUGGAUGUUCGGCGAGGCGGGCUGUCGCAUCUUGCUGAGCCUCGACCUCCUCACCAUGCACGCCAGCGUCUUUAUUUUGGUCGCCAUGAGCUUGGAACGAUACCGGGCGGUGGCCAAGCCCUUCAGCGCGCACCGAUCGUCAACACGCAACAGACGCCUCGCCGCUGGAUUUAUCUGGGGAUUAGCUUUCACCCUGACUCUUCCAAUGAUGGUGAUGAUCCGACUCCAGGAGGGCAAACCUAACGUGGCCGGAUUGGUGAAAAGAAUUUGCUUCCCCACCUGGACACCUGAGGCCUUCAAGGCUUACAUCACAGUACUGUUUUUCACAAGUGUUUUAGGCCCUGGACUGGUAAUUGUUGGGUUGUAUGCUGGUUUAGCCAGGCGCUACUGGACAGUCCAGGCUAGUUCAGGAGGUAGCAGCUGCUCUGCUCGGAGGAAAGGACUCAAACAAAAAGUCUUAUCAAUGAUCUUAAGCAUUGUAGUAGCAUACUGGGCUUGUUUCUUACCUUUUUGGGGGUGGCAGCUCGCUAAACUGUUCUCUCCAGACUCGCUCAUAGCUUUGUCUCCAGCUGCCCAUAAUUAUGUCAAUUUUUUUGUCACUUGUUUGACCUACGGGAACAGCUGCAUCAACCCCUUUCUGUACACUCUGCUGACUCGGAACUAUAAAGAUUACUUAGCCCAGAAGGGUCAGUCUGCAGGGUCAAGCAGGGCUGAUCUCGGGUCAGUUGUGUCAACCCCACUACAGGAACUGUAA